AUGAUUUCGAAACAAGAAUCGUUACCGUAUUUUGUGAAACCAUCGAUCGAAUAUCCCGCUCAGGAACUCGACGACGAUAAGGAAACGAUUGCUUCCCUGAACGAAAAAAUCGAUGAGAUGUCUCGAGAAUCGCUUGCCGACGGUAAAAAAAUCGCGAUACUCAAAGAGGAAUUGGCGCGUACGGAGAAAGAAAAGCGAGAUUGUUUGAAAAACGUGAAACAAUUGGAAGCCGAAAUUUCAAAUUUGAAAAAUGACCGUCACGAAUCGAUUGCCAAAGAAUCGAACAUCAAUUUGCUGCAGUGCCAAAAACAAGUUUUAAAUUUAAAAAACAAAUUAAAAACUAAAACGGACGAAUCUAUUUCGUUGCAGACGGAUGUCGAGAGUUUGAAGGCAGAAAUUUCAAAAUUGGAAAAGGAAUUAAAGAUUGGAACCGAUGCGUUAAUUUCAUCGCAGAAGAAUGUCGAGAUUUCAAAGUCUGAGAUUGAAAAAAAAUAUAAAACCGAAUUAAUGCAAUGUCGAGAAGACGUUUCCAAUUUACGAAACGAGGUAAAGAUUAAAACCGACGAAGUGAUUUUGUUGAAGAAGGAUUUUGAGCUUUCGAAAGUUGAAAUUGAAAAAUGUGAAACCGAAUUGCUACAGCGUCGAGAUGAAGUUUCGAAUUUAAGCGACGAGGUAGAGAUUAAAACCAACGAAAUCGAUUCGUUGAAGAAGGAUGCCGAGCUUUCGAAAGUUGAAAUUUCAAAAUGGGAAACUGAAUCGCUACGACGUCGAGAUGAAGUUUUAAAUUUAAGAGAAGAAUUAAAGACUAAAACCGACGAAUUAAUUUCGUUGAAGAAGGUCGCCGAACAUUUAAAAGCUAAAAUUUCAAAAUGGGAAACUGAUUCCGAGUUUUCGAAAGCGGCAAUUUCAAAAUGCAAAACCGAAUUAAUGCGGUGUCGAGAGGAUAUUUCAAAAUUAAAAAAUGAACUAAACAUUAAGACCGACGAAUCGAAUUCGUUGCAGGAGGAUGUCGAGCGUUUGAAAGCGGAAAUCGAAAAUUGGGAAGCUAAAUUUUUACAUUGCCGAGAGGAUGUUUCAGAAUUGGAAAACAGAGUAAAGAUUAAAACCGAUAAUUGUAUUUCGUUACAGAAAAAUGUCGAGCGUUUAAAUGCUGAAAUCAAUGCAAAAAACGACGAAAUUAAAAAAACCCGCGAUGCCGAGUUAUCGACGAGGAACCAAAUAACAGAAAUAACAUGUAAUGCGGAGAAAACGCACGACGAGUUGGAAAAUGAAAACCGAGAAUUGAAGAAAGAAAUUUCCAAACUUUCCGAAGAUAAGCGAUACUACUACGAACGGAUCCAACUCGAGUACAGAAAAUUACAUCAAGAUUACGAAGAAAUUAUUAAGGACGAGAAUUCAAAAACACAAAAACAAAAACAAGAGCUUUUAGAAUUACAAAACGUACAUAGCGAGUUGGAAAUAUUGUCCGGAAAAAAAGAUAUUUUCAUAGAAAAUUUGAAAUCUAAGCUCGAAACAUUGAAAAUUGAUCACGAUAAAGUAAUACAGAGAGACGUAAAACGUUACGCGUAUAAAUUAGAAAAGGAAUAUGAGAAACAGGAAAAAUUUUUAAAAUCCGAAAUGGAAGAUUUAAAGCAACAAAUAAAAUUAUUAGAAGAGGUGAGACAACAGCAAAACGUUCAAUUGGAAGAAAAAAGAAAAUUUUUUGACCCGAAAACUAAUCCCGACGACAUGGAAGAAAAAAUAACCUACGAGGAUAUGAAUGAUGCUUCUCUGUUUCAAAUGGAGAUAUUAAAAGACAUGUUCGAAAAAAUUUUAAACUCUAUAGAUGAAGCAAAUAAGAAAAAUGUUCAAAUGUAUCUCAUAAAACGUUUGGGUUACGUGAAACGAAUGAUCGAUAAAAUGAUUAUGGAAACGUUUCAAGAAGAUUACCUUUUGCUGCGUUUUGAUAAAGCUUUCAAAAAAUAUCGUGUUCAAACGACAAACGAUACGAUUGUGUCAAAAGUAACUUCGAUAUUCGACGACGACGACGACGACGACGAAGACUAUGACUAUGAAGAGGUAGUAGAUAAUGGUGAUGAUGAUGAUGUCGGUGAAUUUGGAUCCAAGGACGAAGAUUAUCGCAACUCGAUGAGCAGCGACGAAUAUUCACAAGACUAUUCGUUCAACAGCGACGACGAAGAUUCGGAAGACUACUCGUUCAGCAGCGACAUUGACCAAG